UCUAUAGGCCGAGUAAAAGAAAUUAUUUUUAUAGUGCAUGGACUCCCUAGGGGUUGUCAAUUACUAUAGAACUCGUUCGAAAUAUUAGGUAUCCAAUAGAAAUGGUGGGAUUUUCUAUGACGACUUCCGCGUAUGGCGUCACUUGCAAGUGACAAACCGGCCGUAAAUUAUAAUCUAUACACAAAUAUCUGCAUCGCCAGUUUAACAAUGGCUGUCUUAGUAAGCAUAUGUGCGUUAAUUUUUAUCUCAAGAAUACUGCAGCAAGGCGAUUGUUCAACCGUCCAAGUCUUCUUUCAGAAAAAACCUGGAGAAUAUUUAGCAAAUCAUGUCAUCGAAACAAAGCAAGCUGAAACCGAGCUAGAAUGCAGUAGUCAUUGCGUUGACCAUGGAUUAUGUGUGUCGGUUAACUACAAAACCUCUGGAAUCGGCAAAGGUCGAUGUGAGCUCAACAGCAAGACCCUUCAAGACGAUGAUGGAAAUAUCCGAAACACCGACUUCGACUUCCUUUAUAUAAUCGAAAAGAUAUUUGAAGAAAGAGUUCCUGAUUCAUGCACAAGUUUACGAACCGAAAAUCGUUCAGCUGAAAGUGGAAUGUGUUCUAUAAAACCACAAGGAUUUAACUUCACGGUUCGAGUGUUUUGUGACAUGACUUCGAAGGGUGGUGUUGGUGUGACAGAGAUUGGACAUGACAGUGAAUCGAAAACGCUUGUUAAGGGAUAUGAAGCUCCGGGUUCUUACAAGAAACCCAUUAAAUAUAACAUUUCCAUGGAGCAGAUCGUUGCCAUCAUAAAUCAAUCAAAAGGUUGCGAGCAGUUUAUUAAAUUUGACUGCUUUGCUGUCAGACUUUUUGAAGAACCGUCAGCAUGGUGGGUAUCACGUCAAGGUUCAAAGAUGAAUUACUGGGGUGGAGCUGCAGUCGACAGUGGGAAAUGUGCCUGUGGAAUGACCGACAGCUGUGCAGGUGGAAAGAAAUGUAAUUGUGACAAGAAUGACGAAACAUGGCGUGAAGACAGUGGAUACCUGACAGACAAGAACACGCUGCCUGUUACUGAAUUGCGUUUUGGAGAUACAGAAAGCCAUGCAUUUGAAGAAGGGUAUCAUACACUUGGAAAGUUGCGAUGUUGGGGUUAAGAUCGGCAAAGAUAUUUCGCAGUUUUUAAUAGGACUGGCUUUGCAGAAAUAGACUUGACAUCUAGACAUCAAUUGGGCGAAAGACUUGUAAAGCAUUUAGCAUUAAUAGUAGUCAAGCAGUGUAUAGAUGUAUGACAUUCAUCAAGUAAUGAAUGCACAUUUUGUAGAACUUAAAACAUUAAGCAAACAAUCAGGUAUAUACCUGUAGGACUUUCGGCAAUGCAUUGUAGGAUAAUUCCUGAUCAAGGUAAACACGAGGAACAUUAGUGAGCUUAAGCAAGUGACGUUUUUGACAUCACAAACGGCAUGAGUAACGCCAAAAGACUGGGUCAAGAAUUGUGAUUGGUGAAAAAUAAAAACUUUACUUCCGGUCAACGUACGUGUUGUCAAAAACGUCACUUGCUUAAGCUCACUAUUGAUUGUAUAUAAUGCAUACUGCAUUGUAGGAUAUUAAUUGAUCAAGGUAUACACGAGAAACAUUGAUUGUAUAUAAUGCAUACUGCAUUGUAGGAUAUUAAUUGAUCAAGGUAUACACGAGGAACAUUGAUUGUAUAUAAUGUAUACUGCAGUGUAGGAUAUUAAUUGAUCAAGGUAUACACGAGGAACAUUGAUUGUAUAUAAUGCAUACUGCAUUCUAGGAUAUUAAUUACUCCGCCUGCGUAUGCGCAGCGGAGUCUUAAAAUGCCAUGGUCUUUUUUCCUUUUCGUAGUCGUAGUUUUGGGCGACAGAAGUUGGCAUUUCCACAGGUAACCCAAAACAACUUCAUUUUUGACCGAGAAGCCCUAGGUUACACGGUCCACGGAUGAAUUAUGUACAUCAGUUGGCAUGCAGGCGAAGUGAACGCCUUGAGCAGGCGUUUUGUUGAUCAAGGUUUACACAGUACACCAGUAAUCAUUGUAUAUACAUUAUAUAAUACACUAUGCAUGCUACAUUUAUCAUUGAGCAAUCAAUGCUUACUUGCAGGACUUUGGACAAUCAAUUCUGCAUGUAUAUACUUGAAGAAAUGCAUACUACCACAUUAAAUAAUAGUAUAUUUAGUAAUAUUUGGUAUAGUAGAGCUAUCAUUGUAUAUUUCUAGGACAUUAUAAUUAAUACUUAGCAAAUAAAGUUGUCUGUUCUCUUAUAGAUAUUCAAUAAGUUGACUACUGAAGAUUUUUAUUUGUCAGUAUAUUCGUCAGUAAUGUACCUGCAAGUCAGCAAGCAGUCAGCAGUGUUAUUUUGUUUGAAUAUAGCAGCAGUUGCGGCUGUUAAUUAUUUUAUAUAUCCGCACAAAGGCUGGGUUCAAAUUUCAAUACCCGCACAAUGGCUAGGUUCAAUUUCAACACCCGCACAAUGGCUAGCUUCACUUUUGGUACGUGGCCUUUCAUGUAAAUAGUACCCUGGUCUAUGAUGACGACCAGUGCGAGCAACAAUGGCUCCGGGUUUUUUGAGUUUUUCGAUACGUGCACUCUGACACGUGGAGCGCCAGACUAGAUGAUGCAGUGCAGGCAAGAUUGCCCCGUAUACAAUGAAAUGUACGCUUGUAAAAUCUGAUUGUAGUCGAAAUUGCUCGACCACAGUAGAUAAAUAAGCGAUUAAAAUAACAAAAACCAACAAAAAGCAAUAUAGCUCACAUAGUGGUUACCCGCGCAUGCGCAGCGGCUACCCACAAAAACUGGCCACAGGCGCCAGAAAGAGUCAAAAUUUUGCAAAUAUCACGCGUGCAUGAUCUUUAGGGUUGAAGAUAUGCUAUUAGUUAGCUAAAACGUGAUGUGCUAAAAUGUGAUUGGCUAUAGUUGAAAUAGUUCAUUAUAAUUUAUAAAACAGGGCAACUUAUUACUACCAUUUGCCGAAUUAUAAUUUAUAAAACAGGGCAACUUGUUACUACCAUUUGCAAUAAGGCAAUUAAUGUAUUUAGUUUAAUACCUGCUUGUUAGUUUAAUACCUGCUUGUUCACAAGCAAGAAAUUGACUGGUGAAACAUUGCAUUAAAAUUUAUAAAACGGGGCAACUUGUUA